CCAGGGCAGCCUGGGCAGGAAGGGUAUAAAGCCAGUAGGAUUCCAGUUUCACUACAUCAGGAGACAGCAGGUAGGAGAAGACGCCACAGACGGAACAGACCAUAUACUACUGUAGUGUACCUUUACAAGGAGCCAUGGUGAAGUGUGUAGCCGUAAUUCUGUCAGGGUGUGGAGUCUAUGAUGGGACUGAGAUCCACGAGGCGUCAGCUGUACUGGUCCACCUCAGCAGGGCUGGAGCUAAGGUCCAGAUGUUUGCCCCCAACGUGGACCAAAUGCAUGUAGUGAACCACUGUGAGGGGAAACCCACAGCUGAGAAACGCAACGUCCUGGAGGAGAGUGCUCGAAUCGCCCGCGGCGAUGUGUCUGACCUUGCCAAGCUAGAGAUCACCGCCUUCGACGCCCUCGUUAUCCCAGGUGGUUUUGGCGUGGCUAAAAAUCUGUCUGACUGGGCUGUGAAGGGGAAGGAGUUCACGGUUCAACCCCAGGUAGAGAAGCUGAUUAAGGGGUUCCAUGCUGCAGGCAAGCCCCUGGCUAUGUGCUGCAUCUCCCCUGUCCUAGCUGCUAAGGCCCUGCCGGGAUGUGAGAUCACCGUGGGACAGGACAAGGUGUGUGAGAGAUGGCCCCAUGCCCAGACGGCAACUUCCAUGAAGGAGCUGGGCUGUAAACACGUGAAUAAGAAAGUGGGGGAGGUCCACAUCGAUGUGAAGAACAAGCUGGUCACCUCCUCCGCCUUCAUGUGUAACGCUCCCAUACAUGAGGUGUUUGACGGGGUGGGCGUCAUGGUUACAGAACUGCUCAAACUGGCCUAGGACAUGUCUGAGAUUCAGAAUACUGAUUAGCUGUGCUUCUCAAAAGGCACCCUGUUCCCUUUAUAGUGCUGAUGUGACCUUCCCAAAAGGCACCUUGUUCCCUUUAUAGUGCUGAUGUGAUCUUCUCAAAACACACCCUGUUCCCUUUAUAGUGCUGAUGUGAUCUUCUCAAAGACACUCUGUUCCCUUUAUAGUGCUGAUGUGAUCUUCUCAAAGACACUCUGUUCCCUUUAUAGUGCUGAUGUGAUCUUCUCAAAAGACACCCUGUUCCCUUUAUAGUGCUGAUGUGAUCUUCUCAAAGACACCCUGUCCCCUUUAUAGUGCUGAUGUGACCUUCCCAAAAGGCACCCUGUUCCCCUUAUAGUGCUGAUGUGAUCUUCUCAAAGACACUAUGUUCCCUUUAUAGUGCUGAUGUGAUCUUCUCAAAGACACUAUGUUCCCUUUAUAGUGCUGAUGUGAUCUUCUCAAAGACACUCUGUUCCCUUUAUAGUGCUGAUGUGAUCUUCUCAAAGACACCCUGUUCCCUUUAUAGUGCUGAUGUGAUCUUCUCAAAGACACUCUGCUCCCUUUAUAGUGCUGAUGUGAUCUUCUCAAAGACACCCUGUUCCCUUUAUAGUGCUGAUGUGAUCUUCUCAAAAGACACCCUGCUCCCUUUAUAGUGCUGAUGUGAUCUUCUCAAAGACACCCUGUUCCCUUUAUAGUGCUGAUGUGAUCUUCUCAAAACACACUCUGUUCCCUUUAUAGUGCUGAUGUGAUCUUCUCAAAGACACUCUGUUCCCUUUAUAGUGCUGAUGUGAUCUUCUCAAAAGACACCCUGUUCCCUUUAUAGUGCUGAUGUGAUCUUCUCAAAGACACCCUGUCCCCUUUAUAGUGCUGAUGUGACCUUCCCAAAAGGCACCCUGUUCCCCUUAUAGUGCUGAUGUGAUCUUCUCAAAGACACUCUGUUCCCUUUAUAGUGCUGAUGUGAUCUUCUCAAAGACACUCUGUUCCCUUUAUAGUGCUGAUGUGAUCUUCUCAAAGACACCCUGUUCCCUUUAUAGUGCUGAUGUGAUCUUCUCAAAAGACACUCUGCUCCCUUUAUAGUGCUGAUGUGAUCUUCUCAAAGACACUCUGUUCCCUUUAUAGUGCUGAUGUGAUCUUCUCAAAAGACACCCUGCUCCCUUUAUAGUGCUGAUGUGAUCUUCUCAAAGACACUCUGUUCCCUUUAUAGUGCUGAUGUGAUCUUCUCAAAGACACUCUGUUCCCUUUAUAGUGCUGAUGUGAUCUUCUCAAAGACACCCUGUUCCCUUUAUAGUGCUGAUGUGAUCUUCUCAAAAGACACUCUGCUCCCUUUAUAGUGCUGAUGUGAUCUUCUCAAAGACACUCUGUUCCCUUUAUAGUGCUGAUGUGAACUUCUCAAAAGACGGGAAUCGGGAGCCAUUUGGGAAGUGACCUCACAAUCAUGUUUGUUGUUGUUGUUGUUGUUGUUGUUUGUUUACCUGGAGACCCUCCUGAUCGGAAUGUAAUGGACACACAGAAGAACCAGAAGAAGAUAGUGUUUCUGUUGCUUCAUCUGUCUGACUGUGGGAUGACUUGUGUUUUUAUCAACAUCGUAAUAAAAGUAAAACCAAAUUCUGGAA